CGCGCGGCUCGGUUCGAGACGGGGACCUCGCGCCGCCCCAGCGCCCCCGCCCCGCGUGUGAGGCGCCGCGCCCUCCGGCCGCCCUGCCCGGUGCAUGGAGGGGCCCGUUCGGAUCGCAGCCGCCGCCGCCGCCGCCGCCGCCAGCGCGCGGGGGGAUGACCUGCGGGUGGCUCUCGGAGCCGGCUGCCGAGCAGGAGGUCUGGGGGCUUAGCCAGCCCUGCGGAGAGUGAGCUGAGGCCUGGGCUUUCUCUGGAAGUCAUCCCUGCAUACUUCUGUAAUUGGGCGCUAUGCAUCCAGACCUCAGACCCUUAUGGACACUGCUGUAUGUUCUUGUGAUUCUGUGUUCUUCUGUGAGUUCAGAUUUGGCACCUUAUUUUAUUUCUGAACCACUCUCUGCGGUCCAGAAGCUUGGUAGACCCGUGGUCCUACAUUGUUCGGCUAAACCAGUUACUGCCCGCAUCUCAUGGUUGCACAAUGGGAAACAAUUGGACAGAAACACGGAACAGAUUAAGAUUCAUCGGGGGACUUUGACAAUUCUGUCUCUUAACCCUUCCCUUUCUGGUUGCUACCGGUGCAUUGCCAACAACAGCAUUGGUGCUAUUGUUAGUGGCCCUGCAACAGUGUCCACUGCAGCUCUUGGUGACUUUGAUCCGUCAACAAUGCAUGUUAUUACUGCAGAAGAGAAGAAUACGGGUUUCGUUGGCUGUAGGGUACCAGAGAGCAACCCCAAAGCCGAGGUGCGCUAUAAGAUCCGGGGAAAGUGGCUAAAGUAUUCCACAGGGAACUACGUAAUCCUCCCCUCGGGAAAUCUUCAGAUUUUGAAUGUGUCCUCGAUGGAUAAGGGAUCAUACAAAUGUGCUGCUUAUAAUCCUGUCACCAGUGAAUUGAAAGUCGAACCCAUUGGCCGGAAGCUCCUUGUGAGUCGCGCUUCCUCAGCAGACGGUUUCCACAUUCUUCACCCUGCGCUCUCUCAGGCAUUGUCUGUCCUCCCUCACAGCCCUGUUACCUUGGAGUGUGUGGUGAGCGGGGUCCCGGCCUCACAGGUGUAUUGGCUGAAGGAUGGGCAGGAUGCUCUGUCAGGAAGCAACUGGAGGAGGCUUUACUCUCAUCUCGCCACGGCUAGCAUUGACCCUGCAGACUCGGGAAACUAUUCGUGUGUGGUGGGCAACAAGUCCGGAGAUGUUAAACACGUCACUUACAUGGUCAAUGUUCUGGAGCAUGCUUCAAUUUCUAAAGGACUACAGGAUCAGAAAGUGUCUCUGGGGGCCACUGUGCAUUUUACCUGUGACGUUCACGGGAACCCAGCCCCCAACCGCACCUGGUUUCAUAACGCACAGCCUAUUCGCCCCUCCCCACGGCACCUAGCCGAAGGAAACGGACUGAAGAUCACCGGGGUUACCGUGGAAGACUCUGGGCUGUAUCAGUGUGUAGCAGACAAUGGGAUUGGAUUCAUGCAGUCUACUGGAAGACUUCAAAUUGAACAAGACAGUGGACUGAAGCCUGUUAUAGUCACGGCACCGGCAAACGUAGAGGUGACGGACGGAGACUUUGUGACCUUGUCUUGCAAUGCCACUGGAGUGCCUGUCCCAGUCAUUCAUUGGUAUGGCCACCAUGGGUUGAUCACCAGCCAUCCAUCUCAGGUCCUUAGGUCCAAGUCCCGAAAGUCCCACCUGCUCCGACACAGGGACCCGAACCUGGAGCCUGUCUACUUCAUCAUGUCCCGAGCUGGCUCAAGCUCUCUGUCUAUUCAGGCAGUUACUCAGGAACAUGCUGGGAAAUACACCUGCGAAGCCACAAACGAACAUGGCGCCACACGGUCCGAAGCCUUCCUCACAGUCGUUCCUUUUGAAACAAAUACCAAAGCAGAGUCGGUCACACCUUCUGAAGUGACUCAGAAUGAUGAACGAGACCCAGGAGAUGCUCCAGAGUCGAGCUUGCUGCACUUGUUUCCAGUGAAGGUGCAUUCUAGUGGAGUGGAGCUGCCAGCAGAGAAAAACGCCUCCGUCCCCGAUGCUCCUAACAUCCUGAGCCCCCCACAGACCCACAUGCCAGACACGUACAACCUGGUGUGGAGGGCAGGGAGGGAUGGCGGACUGCCCAUCAACGCCUAUUUUGUGAAGUACCGAAAGCUGGAUGACGGCAGUGGUGCAGUGGGCAGCUGGCACACGGUUCGUGUCCCAGGGAGUGAAAACGAGCUGCAUCUAACUGAACUGGAGCCAUCGAGUCUGUAUGAAGUUUUGAUGGUGGCCAGAAGUGCAGCUGGUGAAGGCCAGCCUGCCAUGCUUACCUUCCGGACCAGCAAAGAAAAAAUGACAUCGUCAAAAAACACCCAGGCAUCCUUUCUACCUGUGGGCAUCCCUAAGCGUCCUGUUAUUUCAGAGGCUUCCAACAGCAAUUUCGGAGUUGUGCUUACGGAUUCCUCUAGGCAUAGCGGAGUCCCAGAGGCGCCGGAUCGGCCUACUAUCUCUACAGCAUCAGAGACCUCCGUCUAUGUCACUUGGAUUCCCCGGGCAAAUGGUGGCUCGCCCAUCACAGCCUUCAAGGUGGAGUAUAAACGGAUGAGGACUAGUGAUUGGCUGGUGGCUGCCGAAGAUAUCCCUCCUUCCAAACUUUCUGUCGAAGUUCGUAGUUUAGAACCAGGUUCAACGUACAAAUUUCGAGUCAUUGCUAUCAACCAUUAUGGUGAGAGUUUCCGGAGCUCAGCAUCCCGUCCUUACCAGGUGGCUGGCUUCCCAAAUCGCUUUUCCAACCGCCCAAUAACCGGACCUCACAUCGCAUACACAGAGGCUGUCAGCGAUACUCAGAUUGUGCUCAAGUGGACGUAUAUUCCAUCAAGUAAUAAUAACACUCCCAUUCAAGGAUUUUAUAUCUAUUAUCGGCCUACAGACAGUGACAAUGACAGCGAUUACAAGAGGGAUGUUGUUGAAGGUUCAAAGCAGUGGCACACGAUUGGUCACCUGCAGCCGGAAACCUCCUAUGACAUUAAGAUGCAGUGCUUUAACGAAGGCGGGGAGAGCGAGUUCAGCAACGUGAUGAUCUGCGAGACCAAAGUAAAACGUGUUCCUGGAGCUUCAGAGUAUCCCGUGAGAGACUUGAGCACCCCUCCCAGUUCUUCGGGAAACGGAGGGCAUGUGGGGCCUGCGACCAGCCCUGCCAGGAGCAGUGAUAUGUUGUACCUCAUCGUUGGCUGUGUGCUUGGUGUUAUGGUCCUCAUUCUUAUGGUUUUCAUUGCGCUGUGUUUGUGGAAGAGUCGCCAGCAGAGUGCCAUACAGAAAUACGAUCCUCCAGGAUACCUCUAUCAAGGGUCAGAGAUUAACGGGCAGAUGGUAGAGUACGCCACGCUCUCAGGAGCAGCCCGGAUCAAUGGGAGUGUCCACGGAGGCUUCCUCACCAACGGCUGUUCUCAUCCUCACCAUAAAGGCCCCAGUGGAGUCAAUGGGAUCCUGAAUGGAAGCAUCAACAGAGGGCUUGAUUCUGCACACACAAACUCGCUAGCCAGGACACGGGUUGAGUUUGAGCAUGCCCACCAUCUACUGAAUGGUGGAGGAGUGUACACAGCGGUGCCUCAGAUUGACCCACUGGAAUGCAUUAAUUGUCGGAAUUGCCGGAACAACAAUAGUCUUGACACAUAGGAAACUGGCAUGGCGGCACAUCUCUGUCUAUGACCUCUGUAACCUGUAAUCCCUAAAUUGGGGAGUAUAGUCCUACAAAUUCAAGACCAGCCUGGGCUACAUGGUAAGACUUUAUCUCAAACACAAGCAAACAAAAAUGCACCAACUUUGACACACUAAAUAUAAGAAAGCUUUCAUUCUAUUUCUGUAUGUAUUAAUUAUUAAUAUAUUAAAUAUUAAUUGCAAAGAACUAGCAGACAGUUUGCUAAGAAACUUGAAUUUUAGUUGGGUCUGAUAGUGCAAGCCUUUAAUCACAGCUACUUGGAAGGCCGAGGCAGGAGAAUUGUAGGCUCAAGGCCUGCCUGACAUGGGGUGGAGGCUCUUAGUUUUUCCAUGUACUGCUGUAGGUAUCAAUUCCAAAGGAUUGUUGAAGUUACAUCAGAAAUCUUAGUUCUUUUCUAUAAUGAUUGCAUUGAGUUACAUAAUCCUAAAAAUCCAUCCCACUUCUGAAAUUCUGCAACUAGAAAACUUAGUACCGUGGAUAGCUGGAGUGUAGCUGGAAGUUUGGAUCAUGCAUUACUGAGAAACGCUGUGGGAUAAUACUUUUGUUUACUGUAAAGAUUUGUCACUCAUACUGGCUUAAUAAAGUGCUGAUUGGCAAGUAGCCAGGCAGGAAGUAGAAGUGGGGCAACCAGAAUAAGAGAAUUCUGGGAAGAGGAAAGGCUGAGUAGCAGUCACCGGCCAGACACAGAGGAAGCAAGACGAGAAUGCUACACUGAUAAAAAAAAAAGGACCAAGCCAGCCGGGCGGUGGUGGCGCACACCUUUAAACUUAGCACUUGGGAGGCAGAGGCAGGCGGAUCUCUGUGAGUUCGAGACCAGCCUGGUCUACAAGAGCUAGUUCCAGGACAGGCUCCAAAACCACAGAGAAACCCUGUCUCGAAAAAAAAAAGUACCAAGCCACAUGGCUAAACAUAGACAAGAAUUAUGGGUUAAUUUAAGUUGUAAGAGCUAGUUAAUAAUAAGUCUGAGCUAAUAGGCCAAAUAGUUUAUAAUUAAUACAAGUCUCGGUGUGUUUAUUUGGGACUGUGGGACCAGGCAGGACAGAAACUUCCAUCUAUAGAGAAGGGUUUCCUUUGUUGCUUUUCAAUGAAAUAAAAAGUUAAGAGUUAUCCCUAGAAAUCAGUUGCACCAGAAAGACCUAGCUAACCAUAAAUCAAAGUACAUCUUUUCAAGGCAGGAGAGCUGGGUUUGUACUGGAAUGAAAGCAAGCCUGGACUGCAUAGUGAGACCCCUCUCAGAAAACAAACAGUACAUUGUUUUAGCAAUUCUCAGAACAGAGCAACAAAUCAUAGCUACUUUUUGCAGAGCAACAAAUCAUAGCUACUUUUUGUUCCUUACCUAACUUGUGAAGGCUUAUUAUUAGCCAGAGCUGUCUCACCUAGUUUGUAUACUAAGAGUUACAGGUUUCAACUCUGUGACACUCAUUUAGAAAAUGUGCAUAUAUCAAAGCCACAGUUUUGCACAGAGAUUUUCACAGACUCUCAUCACAGUUGGUUAAGAAAACAUGGGAAGGAACUUGAAAACCUAGGUGCGGUAGCUUUUGCCAGUAAUCUCAGUGCUUGAGAGGCUGAGGUGGUCAGAUUGCCAUAAGUCUAAGGCCAGCUUGGGCUGCAGAGCAAGACUGUGUCUCCAAAAACUACAGAGGAGGAGGAAGAAGUUAAUGAAGCUGGCUCACACACUUGGCAGUAAUCAACUGGGUUAAUUUAACAAGUGGUCACGAUAGUUUUUGUGUCUCGUGUUGUCCUUGUGUGGUUCUGUGGUCAUUGUAGAUCUUGACUGUUAAGAGUGUUGUAAUGAGGGGGGCCCUUUGGUCUACAAAUAAGUAGUCCUGUGCCUUGGCACUGCUUAGGUUUAUGUUCCUGGGAGACUUACAUAGUAUUAGAGUUAGCACCCUUAUCUGAAAGGUAAAGAGUUAUUCUCAGUAGUAGAAGACUGAUCUGAACACAGUACAAUAUAGACUUUAAUAAAAUGUCCUGAUGAUGAGAUUCCAUCUUAUGCCCAAAACAGAUCUCUCCCCUCCCUCCCUCCCUCCCUCCCUCCCUCCCUCCCUCCCUCCCUUCCUUUUUGGUUUGUCAAGACAGGGUUUCUCCAUUUAGUCUUGGCUUUCCUGGAACUUACUCUGUAGAGCAGACUGGCCUCGAACUCACAGAAAUCCAACUGCCUCUGCCUCCCAAGUGCUGGUAUCAAAGGUGUGUGCCACUACUGCCCAGCUGAAAUCCCAGUUCUUUAAAAGAAUUUAAAUGACCUCUGCCAACUUCAGUUUUGUCAUUUGCAUGUUCAUCUGUGGAGAAUUAGGAGGUUUUAUUAUAAAUUAUAAUGUAUUUCUCUUAACUUUGAGAUUAAUAGCUUUCUGCAUUUCAAGUUUGUUUCUCUGCUGUCUGGAAACAAGAGAAUUUUCUUCAUCUAUGUUUCUUGCUUGCUUAAGUCUUCUUCCUGCAUGAAAAUCCACUUGUUUAGGGAAACACACACACACAGUAGUAGCAGCAGCAGUAGCAUUGUGCAUCUUAGAGCCUUAUGUUUAAAGAGCAGAAGCAAACCUUUGAUUCUAUAGUGUAAACUACAGAAGGAUAUGUGUUAGAAAAGGAGGCAAGUGUGAAAUGUUGGAAAACACAGUGCAAGUGGUAUCUUAACUCAUAUUAAGGUUUCUGAAGAGUGUCACAUAUUCAGGGAUGGAUUUCUGCUUGACACAUAGCAGUGUGCAAAGGUGUUGGAGAGGGGAGACUGUUAGACAUUGUUGUAAGCAAACUUAGCUUUUGUCCCAGGAAUGAGGAAGAAGGGGAUGAAAUUCUAGAGUUGCUGUCAUCAUGACUCUGCCGUUGUCUGAUAGGGGCCCCAAAAAUUUAAAUUAGGACUGGUGAGAUGGCUCCACUAACCAAGGUGCUUGCUGCCAGGCCUAACUGCCUGAGUUCAGUAACUAGGACCCACUUGAUAGGAGGAGAAAACCGACUCCCACAAGGUGUCCUCUGACCUCCACACAUGUGCCAUGUCCCACGUAUGCAUACCACACCGACUAAACAAACAUUUUUAACAAGUUUUUUUUAAAUAAAGAUUCCAAAUAUGUAAACAUUUUUCAAAUGCGAAUGACCUGGUUGGUAAUUGCCAGGGUGGUGGACGUAGAAAUAAGCAACCUAAUAAAGCAAUUCAUUGAGAAAAGUGAUGAAUUUGGUACCAAUGGUUGUUGCUGAUCCAGGGAGACAGGCAAGGAUACUGUUGUUUGGGUGGAGAUACUGGGACUGCAAUACAGAUGUAAUAACAUCUGUUGCAAAGUUUUCCAGGCUGUACCUAUAGUUGCAGUUUGGUGUUUUGAAAGGAGACAAUAACCUUGACUGGCUAAUUUUAACCCAUUACUUGAGCCGUUGAUUUGCUUUUGUUUAUUUUGGAAUUGAAUUACUCAUUCUUUUUCUAAGAUGUUGCUUAUUACUGUUUUUUUUUUUUUUCUCACCACCUUGGUAAUAUUGUCAAAAAAUAAAAGAAAUGAAGAAAGGAGAGUGAGAAGGGACAAAGAAGGUGUGUUCAUCUGGUAGACAUUUGCUGCGGGUCUGCAGUGAGGCAGAGGUGUAGGGAUACAGGACUAAGCCAAUGGGCUCAUCCUGCGUCCACGGGACUCAUGGUCUGGUGUUUUUCAAAAUGACAUCAUAAAGAUUAAGAAAUAGUGAAACUAGGUCUUCUAAAAAGAAAAGAAUAAGAUAUUAGAGCUCCCUAAGCGGAAAGCAUUUUGUUAACAAUGAGGAAUUUACAAAAUGAGGUAAAAGGGACAGGUUAGGUUUGAAGCUUUCCAGGCAGAGAGUACUAUUUAUGUGGAAUCUCUAAGUCAGGAUGCCCACAUCCUCCAUAUAACUGAAGGAAGGUUGAUGUUCCCAGAGACUAUUUUUAAAAAGGGUCAGAGGAGAAAGGUCAAUGAAACCACGUCAUCCAGAGCCACAGCAGGUUCGCGAAAGAUUUUUAAACAGCUCGUCACCAGCUAGACCUACCGUCAUCAAGAACACUGCAGGCACAGUUUGUGAAGUGAGAAUCAGAGUGGGUGUGGGAUUUCAUAAAUGAAACGCUAGUUUGUUGAAGAGGCUGGGGCAGGGUGAGUCUGGGUCAUCAGUUGUAGUCAUCUCCCUAGGAGUCAGCUUUGACGAAGGCUCCUUGCCCAGCAGUGUGCUAUAGGACACCUGGGGUUAGCCCUGGCAUUGUCUUCUCUGUUUCACAGGCAUUUACGACCAGGCAGGGCUCAUUCUCAUUCGGAGUCUCUCUGUGCACAGCAUCUCACCUGCCCUGCAAUUUGUUCCUCCUUUUCCUCUGCCUUCUCAGGGUUAAAACCCGAAUGCAUUUCUUAGAGCAGGGCUUUUAAGAAACAGUUGUUGCUAACCCUCUGUCAAUCCCCUUUCUCAUCCCUCUAUUUUAGCAGUGACUCUGAGGAGCAAGGGUGACGCUAUUGACAUAACUGGAGUACUGAUAGAAAAAGAUCGGGGAGCAAACCAGGUGCAGAGACACGUGCUUUUAAUGCUCAGUCAGAGGCAGGGGCAGGAAGAUCUCAGUGAAUCUGAAGCCAGCCUGGUCUAAACAGUGAAUUCCAGAAUAGCCAGGGCUAUAUGAGAAACCCUGUAUCAAACAAACAAACAAACAACAGCAACAACAACACAAUGGAGCAAGUAAGAGGGAAGGCACCCUCGCCAUCUGUGGGAAAACUGUCCCAGGGCUUCUGUGGCAUGUUAAUGACUGUCGGCUCUCCUGUGUUCUCUUGACUCAAAAACAUUUUCUGGAUUUUAGUGCUGUGUGGAAAGAGGCCUGUUAAAUGCAGCCUGACAGGGGGCCGGUUUCCUCCACUGAAAAUGUAACUGAGAAACCGUUGUGCCGUUCUUAUGCCCUCUGCUGAAGACAAAAUUGAGAAACCAUUGUACUGUUCAGCCUUUCAAGAGUUAAACAGAUCGUAAUCAGAUAAAUCAUAUUCUUUCUGCCUUUCUCUUCUCAAUUUAGACAGAAGAGUACAGUUCUGGAUAUGCAAUCAAAUGUGGUUUGUUAGCUGCUUGGCUGGUUUAAUGGGAAGGAACUGACAUUAAAUUGGGCCCAUUUGCCAUCAGUCUUGAUCAUCUGUAGGAGAGAGUAGAGGAGACGCUGAUGAAAUCCACAGAUGAGCGAAUAGAGGUCCCAUCAGGAAAGAAGGAGAGAUUAACUUUAAGGGUCCUAGAGAGACUGGAAAUGGGCAGGAAGUAGAAAUCAGCAUGGAAAAAUGUCUAUAAUUCAUCUGGGGGGAAGAAAAGUCCAGGCUGAAUGGCUGAUAAUCAAGAGAAAGAAAGUCACUGGGGAUAAUGCCUAGAAAAUCAGUUAUUGCAGAUGGCUGCCAAGUUUGUGUGAUAAUCCUAAAUGUCUGUGUGUUCUCGGUCCGGGAGUGCCCUUCCACAACUGAUGUCAGCUGUGCUCAGAUGGAAAUGAGACGCAGAGAUGAAGCGAGGAUAUUAAGUUAUAGAAGGAGUCUCCGGCGAGGUUCGAUGGACCCAGGUGGUUGUUAAUUGUCUAGCACACUUAGACUCUUCCUCUUAGUGGGUAAUUUUUUUUAUAACCCAGCCCCUCUUCUAUUUGUGACCACUUAGCAACUUGAGAACUAUCCAUAAUGCUAAAGAAGAAAGCACGAAAGUCCAAGAUUCCGCUUUUCCUUCACCUAUGUAAUCUGUCCACUUUGAGGAGAAAAAAAAAGUCUUAUAUAUUUUUCUUUAAGAUUUGCUUUUUUUCAUGUGUAUGUGUUUUUGUGAGUGUGUGCCACGUGUUUCUUUAGAAGUCGGAAGAGAGUGUUGGAUUGCUUGGAGCUGGGGUUGCAGGCAGAUGUGAGCCAUCUGAUUUGAUGCUGGGAAUAGAACACCUGCAAUGUUCUCAAUCGCUGAUGACAUCUCUAACUGCUCAAUACCUUUUCGGAAAAAUUGUAUGUCUCCCCACAUUCGCCUCUUCUAAUCUGGAGGCUGAGAGCCUGUUGUCAUGGAGUAUUGUGUUGCUUUUGGUCUUUAAACUAUAAGCCCUCCGUGAGUCUCUCUGCCCCGUUCUUUCACUGCCUCCCAGCACCUAUUGUCACCUUUUGUGUGAAGGUAGCUGAUAAAUUAACUUCUAAAGGACCAUCCCACCAUGAUGCUAGGGUCAUCACAGUAUCCAACAGUGCAGACGGUGAGAAUGAAUGACGUCAUGACCCUGCAGGAGGGUCAUCAGAGGGCUGUGAUACAGCAGCUCAGCUGCUCCCACAAUCCAGGAGUAGAACAGCAAGUAAGAGAGCUCGCAGUGACGAGAGGAAACAGCAAAGAUGAACUAAAUAUGAGACAGACCGUCACCAAGAUACUGUUAUGGAAGUCUUCAGAGCACGGGUGUGAAAAUAAAGGUCGACUAUUCAAGGAUUCAAGAGUCUUUACUCCUUGCCUUCAAGGCUAAUCAAGAGGGUGUGCCUGACUGGCUUAGUGGCAGAAUACUUGCUUAGCAUGCAUGAGAUCCUGGGUUCAAUCCCCAGGACUGCAAAGAACUUGGGAAAAGGGUUUUAUGUAAAACUUGUCCUGUCAUCUGAGCAGAGUAACUGUCAUGAUUAUGCUUGAUUAUAUCCAGCCUUGUAAUCAGAAGUGAAAUACUUCUCUAGAAGAUAUUUGUGGCCGGGCGAUGGUGGCGCAAGCCUUUAAUCCCAGCACUCGGGAGGCAGAGGCAGGUGGAUCUCUGUGAGUUCGAGAUCAGCCUGGUCUACAGAGCUAGUUCCAGGACGGGCUCCAAAACCACAGAGAAACCCUGUCUCGAAAAACCAAAAAAAAAAAAAAAAGAGAGAUUUGUGUGUAUAGUAUAGUUUUACAGAAAUAGCUAAAUUAUGUUUAACUAACUACUCACAUGCCUUGUCUCCCAAAUGCAAGCUUAUACAAAUGGUCUCUUCUCUUUUUCAUUCCAUUUGUGCUGUUCCUGUGGCUGAUUACAGAGUAUUUCAUUGUUCCUGUGAUUCCUACAAUAGUCAUUUUUCUUUCUCCUAAAUCUUCAGACAGGUGGGAAGGUUGUCUUGUACACUGGCGAGUCCUAAACCACCUGGGCACUUACUAGGUAACCCGGACUUUGUAUAGACAGGAGUUCCCUUUACUUGGUGCUGAUAUAAUUAAGACACCGAGUUUCUCGGGCUGGAGACAGCUCUGCAGAAACGUCAACUCCACGGUUGGCAGCACUACAUUUGAAGGCUGUGGAGCCUCGGAGUGUAAACGUUACUGAGUUGUGUGAACUGUAAAGUGCCUUUUAAGAGUCUCAGCAAACGUUCUGUUCUUUUUCACUCCGUGGAGAUUUAGUCUGUUAAUUUACAUAUUCGCAGCUACUCUGUGGGUUUUGAUUGCGUUAGAAAAUGUCUGAGAGCAUGCUCAUUGACAGACUCGCCUCCUCACGCUGCACCUGGUCACAUUCAGGAGAGAGGUCGUAUCCCUCUAUGGCCCAUGGCCCAUAUGCUUUUAUCUCCGCAUGCCUAGCCUAAGUCCCAGAUGGUCUUGUGCCGACCGACACACAGACAUCUGGAAGUACACUAACCGGAAAGCGAUGGAAUUGCUUACAUUUGGUUAGCUAAGUGGUUAAUUGCUGAUUCUGAGUUAAGAUUCAAUGUACUAGAAAAUUUUAAGUCAGUGUGGUUUAUCAUGGUGAGAUCUGGAUGGAUCCAAGCUACUUUCCAAAUGUGUCUUAUAUUACUGUCACCCCCUCUGAUGAAGGAGUGUUCAGGAUGGAGUUUGUGAGUUCCUGUUACUUACAUGGAAAGCAUAUGCUAAGGGAGUUGUACCUUUCUUUCUCCUGCUGAGAAUCUCGUUUUUGAAUGUCUCUUUAAUACCUGCCUGUGGCACACUGCCAUCCAUGACCGUCCCUAUAGAAGCUGACCCUGUUCUUCUGUCUCACUGACCCUGGUCCUGCCCUGUGCGUGUAACUUCCUGCCCCUCUGGCAGAGGAUCUUUAGAAACCAUGGUGUGGAAAAGCCCUUAGACUUCACUCAGGAAUCCCAUCUACAGCCUGUUUUAAAUUCAAGAAGAGCACAGGACAGAGGAAGCCAAAGGGAAGGAAGAAGGCCUCUCACUGUCUGGUGAGUCCCUGGCAUUUUAUUACUUCAGCAUGAUGAAAUUCAUUCACAUUAGCUCUGCAAACUAAUAUUUGUAAUGUUUCUUUACAGGGAACUGCCUUGGUUUUUUCAGAUUCUGGUAAGUAUGGCUUUUCUUUCUCCCUCAAUUUAAUUUGACUUCUUUAAAAUGAACUUCUCUUUCUGUUUCUUCUUUGUUGUCUAAGUUCCUGGCACCUUCCAUUAAUUUUCAGAUUCCUGCAGAGAAAGGGAAACAGGAGCGUAAAGUUUACUUAGCACCUGUGACACAAUCAAGGUCAAGUAUCUGGCUGUGCUUUUUGUCUUAUUGUCCUUAGCUGUCUCCUGUGACAGUUGAGGAUAGUCAUUCACUGACCUCUAGACAACUCUGACAUCAACAGAUAGUAGAAAAGUAUCUAGCCAACAAAAUAGCUAUCUAUUGAACAAGGGUGGACAAUCAGUAUUGUGAUGCCAACAGCCGGAGGAUCAGUGUGCUGGGUUCUCCUGCCUUAAUAUCCCUUUCUUCUCACCUCCUGGGGUGUGGACUGUGAGCAGCAGCUUCCAAUGAGCCUGAUGAUGUUCCUUAAGAGCUUGCUUGCUGGAGAAAAGGUAUAUACAAAAGCCCAAUUUUCUAAUAUAAAUAAUUAUUUAUUUUACAUUUUUUUAAGUCCUUCCUUACUGUAUUUACUAUGUGCUUGGCACUGGGCUUUAUGACUUUCGCUACACUGCCCUUCUGCUGCUACUUGUUCCACUCUGUAUUUUAUCUCUUCUGUGUGUUGACACUCGUUUUCCUUCAACCUGGAGACCUUCAACACCACUGUAUUGUCACUGUCUGCCAAGGGUCGAAAGAGGGGUCAGAUCCCCUUGAAUUGAUGUUAUGGGUUGGUUGUGGGCCACCAUGUGGGCGCUGGGAACUGAGCGCAGGUCCUCUGCAAGAGUAACAAGUGUUUUUAAUGGCUGCACUAUCUCUCCAACCCCAACUUGUUUUCUCUUGUUCUUGUUUAAUGCUUGAUAAUAUUUCUUUUUUAUAUAUGCCAUAUAACUGGUAUAAACUCUAGAAAAAAGUUUUCUUCCAGAAAGGAUUUACUUUUAUGUUUGGCCAUAUAGUUGGAUUAGGGCCAAAUCACUUGAAGCCCAGCUAGGGUUGAACAGAUGUAAUGCUGAGUUUAGGCUUUGUAAAAACCUAGUCUAAAAGCUGUUUUAGAUGACCCAGCAAGGAAGAGUGUUGUCCACAGAGAUGAGGACCUGAGUUCAAACCCCAAGACCCAUGCGAAAAGCUGGACACAGUUGCAAGUGUACUUAUGACCCCAGUGCUAGGGAAGGUGGAUACAGGGGGGAUUGCUGUGGUUUGCUGGCUGCCAGCCUAGCUCCAGAUUCCAUGAAAGACCUUGUCUCAGAAGAAAAGGUGGAGAGUGAUGGAAUAGACACAGAACAUCCUCCUGGACUCCGCAUGCACGCAGGGCCAUAUUGCCACACAGACUUGGGAGCAUACACCACACCUACAUAUACCACACUGUUUCACAUCUACACAGUAGGCCCAUUCUAUUCCUGAUUGACCCUUACUUUUAGGAGAUGGUCCUUUGAGAAUCCCAUGUAAAAGCCUAUGUGUGUUUCCAGGUCUUUUCUUCUUGGCAGGCUCUGAACUAUUGUCUUCCUAGCCCCAACGAUGCUUCUGAAAGCUCAGCUCAGCUCCUUAGCUCCUCCACUCUUGAUCUGCAGAGCUUCAUCUGCACUCAGUUGAGCAGGUGCCUCAAGAGCAAAGGGAGGCUGAAGGUCAGGUUCACACUCACUUCUCAUACCCUUAGCCAUAUAAAUGCUUUAAUAACUCCCGAUACCUUGAGCAAGUUUUUUUUUUUUUUUUUUACCUUGAGCAAGUUUAAAGUAAAAUUCCUUCAUCCUUUUAGUGGUUCGUAGCAGGACAGAUAUUACGAUAUAAACUAGGCAGCCAGAGCUGGGAGCCUAGAAUUUAAAUUUUAAGAAAUCCUUUCAAACCAGGUGGUGGUGGCACAUGCCUUUAAUCCUGGUCUUUGGGAGGCAGAGGCAGGUGGAGCUCUGAGUUCAAGGGCAGCCUGGUCUACAAAGCAAGUUCCAAGAUGGCCAGGGUAAUAAAUACAGAGAAACCAGAGAGAGAGAGAGAGAGAGAGAGAGAGAGAGAGAGAGAGAGAGAGA